AUGCGCAACAUGGAAACGGGAAACGACUCUCAAAGCCACACAGCCGCCCUCGUGCCAGACAGAAGGGCCCCCGGCACCCUCGACUGCCCAGUUUGUGAGAGUCCAGCAAAAAAAGAUGGCGUGGGAAGCAGGCACGUGACGGGCACGAGCGCGGCCCGGGGUGGCGAGGAAGUGGCUUCAGGCGGCAUGAGAGUCGCGACUUCGCAUGACCCAUACGAGAGAGCCCUGCAGGGGGCAAUGUGGCAAUGGCUUGCAGAGGGUUGUUUUAUGAGACAUCAGUACACAGACAUACUUCGUGGGACGUCCACUUCCUGGCCCGCAGCCCGGGUUGAGAGGCGGGCCAGCUCGGAGCCUCGAGGUCCUCAGUCCCACGCCAUGGCAGCCAUACCUUGGAACGAGCGCACCCUCUUCACUCCAGUGGAGUCAGGUGUCGGAGGCCUUAUGGUUGGCAUGUCUGCCGCAAUGGCCUACCUCAUUGACGGAAAGAUCACUGGGAUCUCGGGAAUCGUCGGCCCUUUUGUGAGGGGAGCUACGAAGUGCGAACCGGUGAAGGAUGGGCAGCUGUGGAAGCUUCUGUUUCUGACGGGCCUCUUCCUGGGCGGCUGGAUUGACCUGGCCGCGAAUUGGGAUUUCUCCUUCCCGAACGUGCCCCGAUUGAAUAUCUUCCAGUACAUCUUGGGAGGCAUUUGCGUGGGCAUCGGCACUCGAGCUGGCAAGGGCUGCACUUCGGGACACGGCAUUUGUGGCCUGCCCCGGCUGUCGCUGCGGAGCUGGAUUGCGGUGCCUACAUUUAUGGCAGUAGCAGCGAUCACAGUCCUGGUCACCCGCCACGCGAUCAGACCAUACAAUGUGGAGUACAACUCGCAGAUCGCGCCGACGCAAUGGCCACCGGAGUGGGAAUUUCCGAUUUUCGCCCUGCUCUCCUCCCUUGCCCUUGUGGCACUGAGCGUCCUCCUGCCCACAAAGCCACGGAAGUUCGUCUCGCCUUUGUGCUCGGGCAUCAUCUUCGCCUUGGGCCUCGGCGCCAGCGGCAUGACUUCCCAAGCCAAGGUGCUGAACUUCUUGGACUUCGCAGGAUAUUGGGAUCCUUCCCUGGCCUUCGUCAUGGGCUGCGGCAUCUGUGUUAGCUUCCCUGCAUAUCUCAUCGCGGAACGAGGGGGCAAGCAGCCCUUCUCUGAGGGAUGCACUUUUGAGAACCCGCCGAAGAAAGGGAAUUACGUGCCGUUGCUGAUUGGUACCUCGCUAUUUGGGCUUGGCUGGGGUCUGGUGGGCGUUUGUCCUGGACCAGCCUUGGCCGGAGCCGCCCCGUAUAUCGCGGUGUGCAUACGCUCCGGUGACAUCCAGGAGCUGUACUUCACGGUUACCGCCAUCAUUGUGGUGAUAGCUUGGCUUGUGACUGACAGGCUAAUCGUGCAUUUUGGUCAGACGCAGUCGCCGGUGACUGCGACGACGGAACCAAAAACGGGCCAGUGA